AUGAAGCGCAUCUUCUCCUGCUCCAGCUCACAGGUGUCGGUGGAGAGAUGGAACCGCCGGGACCAGAAGCUGCUGGAGGCAGUGCAGCGGGGGGACGUGGGACGCGUGGCUGCCCUGGCCUCCAGGAAGUCAGCCCAACCCACCAAGCUGGACUCCAACGGCCAGUCCCCGUUUCAUCUGGCAGCCUCUAAGGGCCUGACAGAGUGUCUGACGAUACUGCUGGCCAACGGGGCCGACAUCAACAGCAAGAACGAGGAUGGAAGCUCCGCCCUGCACUUGGCCACCAUCUCCUGCCAGCCACAGUGUGUCAAGGUCCUGCUGCAGCACGGUGCCAAUGAAGAUGCUGUGGAUGCAGACAACCGGAGUCCGCUGCACUGGGCAGCCUCUUCUGGCUGUGCCUCCAGCGUGCUCCUGCUGUGUGACCACGAAGCCUUCCUGGAUGUCCUGGAUAAUGAUGGACGGACCCCCUUGAUGAUCGCCUCGCUGGGUGGUCAUGCAGCUAUCUGCUCCCAACUGCUGCAGAGAGGAGCCCGCGUUAAUGUCCUAGACAAGGAUGACAAAUCAGCUCUGAUCCUGGCUUGUGAGAAAGGCAGCGCCGAAGUUGCUGAGCUGCUCCUGAGCCACGGAGCAGACGCGGGAGCGGUGGACAGCUCCGGGCACGACGCCUUGCAUUAUGCGCUGCACAUGCAGGACAAGACCCUGUGCAGGCUGCUGCGGCAGGCCAUGAACCGGCGUCGUCGGAGAGGUAAGGGCCUUGUUCAACAUCCAGAUCUUGCAUCCCAGACCUCUCCGUCCGAGCCCCAGGUGGGCUCUCCACCUAAGAGCCCAUGGAGAGCAGAGCCUGAGGAGGAGCAGGGGCAAGAGGAGGACGAGGACCCGUGUUCAGAUGAGUGGAGAUGGAAGUGUGAAGAGGAGCGGAGGAGAGUUUCUCAGUUGGAGCAGGAGCUGGUGCGAAAGACAGAAGAAUGUAAGGCUCGGGCUGCAGCCUACCUGGGCUUGGAGAACCAGAUUCGAGAGCAGGUGCAGGAGCUGGGGCUCCUCCUAGCCCAAGAACCUGGAGCCCUGGGAAGGCACGGCUCUGAACUCCGGCCUGGAGGGGACGGAAUGGAGCAGGGUUGUCCCCUAGACCUGCUGGCCGAGCGCAUCCAAGAGCUAAAGAAGCAACAGCAGGUCGCCGCAGCAAACCCAACAUUGACUCCUAAGAAGGUCCAAGAUUCAACCCCAGGAGAAACCCCACACAAAGACCAUGGAAAGUCUCAACCCGAAGAGGUGGGGCCACCACAGAGCCCAAGGUCUGAGACGGUUGGAAAGGCCACUGGACAGCAAGUCACCACCAGUGCGGGACAGCGCCUUGAUCCCAAGCAUUCUGACCAACUGUGUGCUGACCAGGAGAGGCCUCCAGCCCCCGGGGCUGAACCAGCAGGCACUGUGAUGGAACCAGUGGGCUCCUUAGCCAUGAACCAGCUCCUGCUACAACUCCGAGAGGAGCUGGCUGCCGUGUGGCGAGAAAAGGACGCUGCCCGGGGAGCUUUGUCCGGACCGGUCCUGGCGGGAGCCCUGGGGACGCCCCGGGCUGAGGCUGCUGCAGCUGCGUGGGAGAAGAUGGAGGCGAGGUUGGAGCAGGUGCUGGUGAGGUUGGAUAGAGCAAAGGCAGGGCUACAGGUGAAGCCUGAGACCCCUGUCCAGGAGCCCAGGGAGGAAAUCCCACAAGCAACCCCGGGGAGCGUCACCAAAGGGGAGGAAGAGAGGGAGAAGACAGCCCCUGGGGCCCGGGGAGAGCCUCUCGGAGCCCCUGGCGGGGGGCAGGCCCCUCAGGGCCAGCUGGAGAAGGAGGUGUCCGCCCUGAGGCUCAGCAACAGUAACCUGCUGGAGGAGCUGGGCCAGCUCGGCCGGGAGCGGCAGCGGUUGCAGGGGGAGCUGCAGACCCUGAGCCAGCGGCUGCAUCGCGAGUUCGUGCCCAAGCCUGAGGCGCAGGUGCAGCUGCAGCAGUUGCGGGGGAGCGUGGGCCGCCUGACCGAGGAACUGGCCACGGAGAAGGAGGCCACGGAGAAGCUGCGGAAGCGGUUGGCCUCCCAGAGCAGUGGCCUCCGGGGGCUGUGGGAGUGCUUGCCCCCAGACCUGGCGGGCCCGGGGGCGCCCGGGGAGCCCCUGGAGGCGCUGCAGCCCUGCAUCAGCACCCUCGUGGACAGGCACCGCGAGGCCCAGAAGGUGCUGGCUCGCCUGGAGGCGGAAAACCAGCAGCUGCGGGGGACCCAGGCCCGAAGUGGGGGAGCGGAGACCCCCACGGUGCCAGCAGGCCCCCAAGUGGCCGCUCUGGAGCAAGACCUGGGGAAGCUGGAGGUGGAGCUGCGCGCCGUGCAGGCCACGAUGGGCGGCAAGAGCCAGGAGAUCGGCAAGCUGAAGCAGCUGCUCUACCAGGCCACCGAGGAGGUGGCCGAGCUGCGGGCGCGGGAGGCGGCCAGCCUGCGGCAGCACGAGAAGACGCGCGCGUCGCUGGUGGCGCAGGCCCAGGCCUGGGGCCAGGAGCUGAAGGCGCUGCUGGAGAAGUACAACGCGGCCUGCCGCGAGACGGCGCGCCUCCGCGAGGCCGUGGCCGAGGAGCGGCGGCGCGGCCGGGAGCUGGCGGCGCGCGCCGCCGAGCAGGAGCGCCAGAGCAGCCAGGUGCGCGGGCGCUCGCAGCAGUUCGAGAAGACCACCGAGCUGCUCAAGGAGAAGAUGGAGCAUCUCUUCGAGGCUUGCCGGGACAAGGAGGCCAAGAUCAAGGAGCUGUUGAAGAAGCUGGAGCAGCUUUCCGAGGAGGUCCUCGCAGUUCGGGGAGAAAACGCUCGCCUUGCCGUGCAGCUGCAGGACUCUCAGAAGAACCAUGACGAGAUCAUCUCAACAUAUAGGAAUCAUCUGCUGAACGCUGCUCGGGGCUACAUGGAGCAGGAUGUGUACAGCAUCCUCCUGCACAUCCUCAGCAUGCAGGCGGAGUAAGGCAGCUGGGGCCCCGAGGGAUACCGCGUUUCUCAGUUGAAACAGGAACAUCACCGAUUGCCAGACUCCGUCGGGCGGUGGUGGGUGGUGGGUGACCACUAGGUGGGGUGUGAGCCUGGCUUCCACGGGUGUUAGGGAGCCCAGACCUCAGAACUUGGACCGGAAAUGGGCGUGGAUGGGACCAGAGAAGAUGAGGAUGCAAGAUCUUUGGAAAGCAAAGCACGAGGCAGGGUGGUACGGGGGUCACUGUUAUUUUAUCUUGAGAAAGGGGGUAGGCAGGAGUCCUUUUCUUCUGGUAAAUCAUAAAUGGCCCCAUAAAUUAGCCCCAUUUAGGAGGAAGCAGUCUGGGUCGUACGGGAUAAAGGAUUUCUCCGUUUUGAGUUGAGGGUGAUGAGGGCAGGAGUUUGGGGGCAUGGUGAAAAUAAUUACAUUAUAUGUGUGUCAAAAACAAAAUUUACCCUUCAUAUGUCUAUUAUACACACACACACACACACACCUGUUGAUCACAAUCCACUCGGUGUGAAAAUCACAGCCCUGGGGGAAACGGAGAAGGGACACCAUUCUUUGGUUUUUCUCACAUCUCUCUUAGAGAGACAACGCUAAUCUCUUUGCUCUGUCUUGGGACUCCCAAGUCCCUGCCCCCUUUUUAAGGAGAGAGGAAAUGAAGAGGCCUGGAUUUUUUUUUCAUGAUGUACAAUCUAAACUAUCCUUCCGUGUGU